AUGAGUAUACAGAAGAAAAUUCUGUCGUAUCCUUCAACAUUCAUCAUGAUGAACUUGGCUGAAAAAAUGGAGGCGAAAACGCCGUUCUUGCUGACCAUUAUGGUUUGCCUGAUGAGCCUAAGGCACACGGAUGGACAUGGUCGUUUACUCGAUCCACCAUCGAGAUCUUCAAUGUGGAGGAUGGGUUUCAGGACACCGAAGAAUUAUAAUGAUAACGAGCUGUUCUGCGGAGGAUUAACGAGACAACGGAGAAAUGGAAUGCGAUGCGGGAUCUGUGGCGAUCCAUACGAUGCCAGAGCUCCGAGAGCGAAUGAAAUGGGAGGCAGAUACUACAGCGGAAUCAUCAGUCACCGCUACAAUUCAGGAGAAGUCAUCAAGGCAACUGUCGAACUGACGGCGAACCACAACGGAUUCUUCGAGUUCCAUAUUUGUAAUGUGAACGGGAACGCGUCGCUCGAAACUGAGGAAUGUUUACAAAAGAACCCUCUUGAGGUGAUCGGAGAGGGACGAGCCGGACGUGGAAAUCCCUACAGAUAUUAUGUGCCUCGACCGAGUACUGGAAAAUAUGAGGCGGCUCUGAAGUUACCGAAGCACUUCGUUUGCGACCAUUGUGUUUUUCAGUGGACUUACACAGCAGGCAAUAAUUGGGGGACCUGUGAGGACGGCCGGCAGGCUGUGGGUUGCGGGCCCCAGGAGACUUUCCGAGGAUGCGCGGACAUUGCCAUCGUAGGAGAAGCCGUGGUCCAGCAGCCCCCUCUCCAUACAGCAAGCUCUAAGCCCAUAGCUGCACCCCCUCUCCAUGCAGCAAGCUCUAAGCCCAUAGCUGCACCCCCUCGUCACUCGCUUCCCGUCCCGCCCUUGAGAGAUCCGUGGGCUCAUUGGCAAAGCGUCAACGCUUGGCCACAAAGCGUGAAUCCUGGUUACCCUGUAGAGAGCAAUAGAACCACCUGGUUUUACCAUCAGUGGCCGGCCACCGCCUAUGUCCCUGCAACCACAACGAUGAAGGUUCCCUCAGAGCCGUACGAUCUCAAAACACCUUUUUCACACCGCUACUCGACCAGCGAUACGAGGAGGUAUACGGCCACUGCCGCCCCCUCGUACACUGCUAAUAAACACGAGGGAAUCCUCAACCAUUCGGAUUACGCCGGAGAUUUGAAGAAACCUCCCCGAGCGACGAAUCAUCAGAGAAUAAUCCGGAAGUUCGAAACCCCCUCAAGCAAACCCGCCCUCCCAGAUGAAAGCUUGAAGAAAUUGCACGGAUACGAGGGCUACGCAACGAGCUCUCGUCCUCCACCCGUGUCUUCAUACAUCCAUCGAACUUUGCCGCCAGUGGUUCUCAUUGAAAACGUCCAGAACGAGGUAUUGACGGAUACCUUCGAUGCCAAUGAGUGA